CCCCUUUCUCUCUUCCCCCAACACCUUGCUUCUUUCAUCUCUCUCUCUCUAUCUCUCUCCGCUCUCAGCUCCUUGAUCCCAGUGUUUCUCAUUCUCAUUUGCUGGUUAGAUCCAGAUCUCAGUUUCUUAAAAUCUUACCUCAGCGCUGAGCACUUCAUACUUCAUUGAAUCUACUUCUUUAGUUGCCCGGUAUCUCCAAGGCCAUGGAGAUGCAGACUGAAAGUUCACCCUCCAUUAGGGUGGCUCUUGAAGGCUGCGGACAUGGAUGUCUACACGAUAUCUAUGCGUCAGUUGGAAAAGCCGCCGAGCUCAAAGGAUGGGACGGCGUUGACCUCGUUAUCAUUGGCGGCGACUUCCAGGCUGUCCGGAAUUCGAACGACCUGGCCUGCAUGUCUGUACCCAAGAAGUACAGGGAAUUGGGCGAUUUCCACGAAUACUACAGUGGGAAGCGGACAGCACCUUACUUGACCAUUUUCAUUGGCGGUAAUCACGAAGCUGGCAAUCAUUUAUUCGAACUCUACUACGGAGGCUGGGUCGCACCCAACAUUUACUACCUCGGCGCUGCCAAUGUGAUCCGUUGUGGCCCUCUACGGAUCGCAGGCAUGUCUGGUAUCUGGAAGGGUUACGAUUACAGAAAGCCUCAUUUUGAAAGACUUCCUUACAAUCGUGACGAUAUCCAAAGUAUUUACCACGUCAGAGAGUUGGACGUUCGCAAACUCCUGCAGAUUCGCACGCAAGUUGAUCUAGGCUUGUCGCAUGAUUGGCCCAAGCAAGUUGAGCGCUGCGGGGACUACGUGACUCUUUUUAGACAAAAGAAAGGCUUCCGCGAGGACUCUGAAAAUGGCAGACUGGGUAAUAUGGCUGCAAAGCAUGUCCUUGACCGUCUGCGGCCUGCAUACUGGUUCUCCGCUCACUUGCAUGUCCGAUUCGCGGCCCUGAUUCAACACGGUGAGUAUGUAGUUCCUGAGCACCCAGCCGCCAGAAGGCAAGCCGCCGCCGCUUCGAACGAUAUCAACCAGCCUCCAAAAUCCCCGCAUCCGUUUGGGUUGGACGGCGCUGUGUUCGCAUCUCUGUUGGUCGGUGAUGAUGACCCGUUGAAGGGGAAUUCGCCUGCGGCUGGUACUGCACUCCCUGGCCUUCCCAGCAAAUCGGCCCCUGCUUCCCAGGAUACGAGCAGAACUGGAAGUACACAGAACCUCCAAUCGCGAUCUGAAGCCGACCGGAUUACCCAUGCACUGCCCGAAACUGAGGUCUCUGCUGACCAAGAUAUGGGAAGCCUGCAGAGUAAGCUGCAAGCAUGGCACAAUUUCCAUGCUGUCGCCGCUAAAAAAGAAGCCGCUGAGAAUUCUCGCUUCUUGCUGGAACAGGCAGAAAAUCGAGGGGUGCCUCCCCCUGAGGUCACGCACAACCUGACAUGGCGCAAGGUCGAGACGUAUGACGACGGAUCUAGCCGGAAAAUCACGGGCAUUGAGAGAGAUGGCGACCUCGACUGUCAGGCUAAUAAAAAGCAGAAGAUUGAGCAUGCACCCAAGAUUGUGAAAAACAGUGAUGAGAUAGAUCUGGAUCUGGACAGCGAUACAGAUGAGGAUCGAUCUAGCAAGGUCCCGUCUCAUACGGAAGUUCCUACCAACGAUGGGUCUCAUUCAAUCACUCCCGCCAUGAAUGUGCCCGAAAGUAGCACUGGCAACACCCAGACAGCUAUGCCAACCAGCGGAAGCGAGGUCUCUGAUGACCUUCGCAACCAACUUCCUGCUAGUUUCGCGCGCCCUCAGCCUGACCCUUACCCUGUCAAUGGGCCUUUACCCGAGGCUAUCUCGAACACAAUGACAAGAUUCCUUGCGUUAGACAAAUGUCUUCCGAACCGUGACUUCCUCCAACUAGUGGAGUACACUGCUAUUUCGGAUCAGGGAGAAACCUCACUUGAACGCCCCUAUCGCCUUAAUUACGAUAAAGAGUGGCUAGCAAUCACGCGUGCGUUCGCCAGCGACCUCCACCUCGGAGAUCCGGGUGCUAAGCCAUCUUCGGAUAAGGGUGACGCGGUCUACAAGGCCCAGAUAAUCGAAGAAGAGAAGUGGGUUGAGGAGAACAUUGUGAAGCCUGGAAAGUUGCUUGUGCCGGAGAACUUCAGCCAAACCGCCCCCAUCUACGACCCCUCCGUGCCUAUCAUGACUGAGGAAAUGCCGACGGAAUAUACGAAUCCUCAGACCGCUCAAUUCUGUGAGUUGAUCGGAAUCGAAAACAAAUUCGACAUGAGUGAGGCAGAACGCCAGGCCCGCAUGGCCCAGGGUCCCCGGCCUGCUGACCCCAGAGGUGGGAGCAUGGGCCGCCCCCCUCGUCGUGGUGGAUUUGGCUCUGGACGCGGACGCGGAGGUCGCGGGCGUGGCAACCGUCGCUAAUCGUAAGUCUCGUGGGCUCUACCUUACGGUUGUUCAACCCGAACACCGGAUCCUAGCGCAUUUCAACAUAGCGCCCAGGUUGAGGGAAGAUCAAGGAGCGAAGUGCUGGCCACUUACCCUGUUGAUCAUUACCUUGACGGGGGCCUGACAUGCUCUAAUGCCGUUUCUUUUCUAUUUACUGCAAAAUGAAAACCUGAUGAUUUCUUGUGCCCAGCUACGUUUCUCUUUUCUCAUAAAUGGUGAUGUCAACAUCUGCGCAUUCCAUUCAUGUCACGAAAAACUGCUACAUAAGGCACACUUUUCUUUUUUCAUUCAUGACUUGAACCCAACGUUAUCAUUGAAUUUCUCGCAACAUUGACGCAUUAAUGAACUAGCCCUUGAUCCCAAAGGCUUCACCGCAGACCUCGGACCAAGCGCUUCAAUGUACUCAAACUCAAAACACCAAAAAAAAAGGGGAAAUGUACACUAUUUUUAACUUAAUU